AUCGGGUAUCUAUGGGAAAGUGCGUUCAAUAUACCGCUAAGGACCACGGCAGCCGUAGAAAUGUAUAAACACGUUAGCAGAAGAAAACCUAAGUCUCUAUAACAUAUUAUUGUUCAUCUUUUUAGACACUAAUAUGUCGCUCCAGCCGCAAGCGACGGACGCCCUGGAGGAGAGAAGCGCCUUCUUUAUCGGUGCUGACUCGGGCAACGUCUCGGAAGAGGAGGACCACCAUGAACUUAUACUUCAGAAAGCUAACGCUCUAGCGUCCGAAAACUGCCUUAGAGAAGCCAUUGACUGGUUUUCAGCUGCUAUGCGGUACAGUCCUGUGCGGCCCGAGCAGCUCAGCACUUUCGUGGACUGUAUCCUCCGCAACUUUAAGAGGAAAGCGGCCGGGCCGGAGUCGCUGUCGGGCCGUAGUAGCUGGGAUGCGGCGGAGAGCUCCGCGGAGGAGGACGUGCUGGAGUGUCCUAACUGUCACUGCUUUCUAGGUGAACCCGUGACCUUAGCCUGUGGACAUUCAUACUGUAAACGAUGCUUACAGCGACGGCUGCUUCACAAAUGUAAACUGUGUAGUGAACACGUGAGGGGCGAGGAGAAAGUGAACGUGAUUUUGUGCGGACUACUAAGUAAAUGGUUCCCGGAGGAGGUGGGAAAAUCGAAAAAAGUAACGGAAGUGGACGCACUCUGUAGAAGAAAACGCUACCAAGAAGCCGUGGAGCUAGCAACCGACGUGAUUCAGUCAGAUCCAGACACGACGGUGGUGGCGCGACUGUCUCGAGCGGAGGCGUACAUGGGUCUGAAACAGUACCGCCAGGCUUUGGAGGACACUAACGUUUGUCCCCGAUCCAGCUGUUCUGCUGAAGCUUUAUUUAGGAAAGCUAUGGUGCUGCAUGAGAUGGGCCAAGUGGACAAGUCUCUCCAAGUCUUCCUCCACUGCCUGGCUGUUGAUGAGGACUUUCCCUGUGCUAAAAGACAAGUGGAAAAGAUCUUGUGUGAUCUCCUCUCCCCCGGUGAUGAGAAUGUGAAGGUUGGCCUGAGGGAAACAACACAGAACGCACUGACUCACUUACGCAGUAAAACCCUUGUGGCAGAUACCCAAGCCCAACCACAGAGGCCAGUUCAAAGGCAACACCUCCACGAAGUCCGUGCUGCCUCUGCGCACCAUCUGGAAAACCAGGAGAAACGCUGGGAAAGUGUGGAGCGACCUGGUUUGAGCCGAGCUCAUUCGCUACGAUCGCAUGGCUCUAAUUGUAGUGAGGAGGGUCUAAAGAGAGUUUGCUCUGCUCCUCAACUGGGGGACCAGGACAAGGGAAGCCUCCUGAAGAGGAAGUUGUCAGUGUCAGACAUGGAGCCCUGUGUAGUGGACAGCGGAAGUAGCAAGCAUAAAAAACAAGGUGUGGCAAAAGGCUCCAAACAGAAAACCACCAAACCUAAAAUGAGAACUAUUCCCAAGGAUCUGCUGGACUCCAAUGACCUGGAGUGUUCUCUAUGCAUGAGAUUGUUUUAUGAGCCUGUAACCACACCAUGUGGCCACACCUUCUGUAAAAACUGCCUGGAACGCUGCUUGGAUCACAUGCCCCAGUGCCCGCUCUGUAAAGAGAGUCUCAAAGAGUAUCUGGCAUCUAGGAAAUUUAAGGAGACCAUACUCCUGGACAUGCUGAUCAAACAGUACUUGAGCCGGGAGUAUGCAGAGAGGACUAAAACUCACCAGGAGGAGACCAGAGAGCUUUCUGACCUGACAAAGAAUGUGCCUAUCUUUGUGUGUACCAUGGCGUACCCUACUGUGCCUUGUCCCCUACAUGUGUUUGAGCCACGUUACCGCCUCAUGAUUCGCCGCUGCAUGGACACAGGCACCCGGCAGUUUGGGAUGUGCAUCAGUGACCCUGAAAAAGGGUUUGCAGACUACGGCUGCAUGCUGAUCAUCAGAAGUGUCCAUUUCCUCCCCGAUGGGCGUUCAGUAGUGGACACCAUUGGAGGAAAACGCUUCCGGGUCCUGUCCCGAGGAAUGAAGGACGGUUACAGUACUGCAGAUAUUGAACACUUGGAGGAUAGCAGAGUGGAAGACAGUGAAGAACUAGCAAGACUGCAAGAGCUGCACGAUGCAGUGUAUGAGCAGGCCCGAGUUUGGUUCCAGAACCUCAAGAUCCACUUCCACAACCAAAUCCUGCAGCACUUUGGACCAAUGCCAGAACGAGAAGCUGACAUCCAGGCGACUCCGAAUGGUCCAGCCUGCUGCUGGUGGUUGCUGGCUGUUCUGCCUAUCGACCCUCGAUACCAGCUGUCUGUUCUGUCUAUGACCACCCUCAAAGAACGCUUGGUUAAGAUCCAGCACAUCCUUACAUAUCUGCAGAGCAUCCCCAACAACUAGAGCUUCCCUACAAACUAACAUCUUUUGGACUUUGAAGUGACAUUUAAGAAGAACCCUUCAGCAACACCUGCUUUUGUUUCUACUGCCGGUUCACCCCAUCAGUUACAGCUAAGAGACCCCCCCUCACCACCACCACCACUAGUAUAUGGCUCGAUGUGUAAGGACCGCAAACGAUCAGUGCAAAGCUGUCAUUCACUAAUACAUAUAUGGCCAAACCACCUCAGGGAUACUUUGAGUGAAACAUUUGAUGUUUGUGAUUAUGAAAAAAGGAUCUAGAAAAAAAUAAGACAGCAACUAUUCUCAUCUGCUUUAUUGUCAAUUUCCAGAAAUAUUUCCUGAAUAAUUGCAGAAAAACAAGAACAAGAGAAGUUACUGCAGCACGUGGUUAAUAUUUCCUUGUUGUUGCUCUUGAGUGACAGAGUAGGAUAUCCCAUAAUCACUUUUUUGUGAUUAAUGCAAGUGAACUGAGGGGAAAAGUGUUUUUUGUUUGUUUGUUUUGUCUUUGAUGUAUGGAAGCUUAAUUAUGCCACUGGAAAAACAAAAGAAAAAAAUUACCAGGCAGAGCUGGUAUCUCAUAAAUUUGAAUUACGGACUCAAACUUGUGAUUAUUAAGUAGAUUUUGAGAUAAUGACUCCCAAUUUUGACUCAUAGAUUGCAAAAAAAAAACCCCAAACAAACAACAACAAAAAACGCUUCUACACUGAUAAGACCUGUGAAAGGCUUUUUUUUUUCUCUGGAUUUGUUUCUGAGCUGUAAAAUUUUUAUUUGGAGGAAAGGCGGCGUGACUCUGUGAAACAAAAUCCUAAAUGCUGAAAGUCCAAAAAAAGUAAAAGCAAGAUAACUUAAAGGAAUAACUGUGAAGUGAUGUAUGCACGAACCAAGUGCAACUAAAAGCUGGUGCACGUGUACCAAACACAGAUAAAAAGUAUUACACUUUUCUUACAUGCACAACUUCCAUUUCUGCCUCUAGGGAGCGGCAAAGGACCUGUUGAAAGAAUACAUGUUUCGAGCUUUGAGUUUCUUCCAGCUUCUCAUGCACUUUGUUGCUCCUAACCUGAGUUUAAGAGGAGCACGUGACCCUGAAAAGUGUUUUUUUUGUUGUUGUUGUUCCUAAUGUUUUCUUCCUUUGGCAGCCUCAGGUUUGGCCCUGGCUUCUCUUUUCUGGUUGGCUCACAGUGAACCUGAAUUCCUAAUCUCCUUCUUCCACAUACUUGUCAUGGACCACAAGAUUCCUCUAGAGCGUGUGUCUUCAGGAUCCAGUGGUUCGGUUCUUGAAGUGCUUUUAGUGUCUUCUUUAAAACAAAAAAACAAUCCAGCUUCCCAUUGAGUUAAGUUAAAACUGAAUUAAUUUAUGAGUAAAGUAAUAUUUGUACAUUGUGUCCGUAAGUUGUGUUUGAAAUCCUAAGGGGGUCUUGCAAUAUUAUGGCAAAUUGAAACCAGUAAAAACAGCAUGCCUACAGCUAUUGGGUUAGCAUUAUUCUUCAUUAAAAGCUGCUCUCUGUCUGCGUGGAAGAGAAAGGACGGUACCUGCAGUGCUUCAGUCAGAGGACUGCGUAUGCCUUACAACAUUUUGCAUUGUGGUUUUGGCGUUGGUUACCAUUCCCUAUCUUUUGGUCAUAGCAUGAAUACUACUUUUAAUUGUAUAUCCUUUUUUUUUUUUUUUUUCAGAAUUAGUUUGAGCUACCGGGUGUUCACAAUAUCUAAGAAAGCCCAAGGGGGGGGGGAACGAGUCGAGUUGUAUGUAAACUGUUUGUACAAAGGCUUUUUGGACAGAUCUCGCUUUUUUCGCUCAGAUGUUUUAAGUUAUCGAUUUUCAAUAAUAAAUGCACUUUUUUUUCAACA